CCCUCCUCUCCUCCCUCCUCCCCGGUCGCUCUCUCCCUCACGCCUCCUCCAAGGAGAUCCCUUGGCUCACCGCGCGUCUCCCCACUCUGCCGAUCCCCACCUCACCCGCGUUCCGCUCUCACUUCUUCACCUCGUGGGCUGCGGUGAGGUCAGCGUGCACACUGGAAGUGUAGGCUUACGAUUCCUUUGUGCUGCAGCUAAACUCACCGGAACUCACCUGCGCACGGCCCUGCUCUCCCUGACCCUCCUUGCUCUCCUCCUGGCCAGCACCCCAUAUACUUUGGAUCCCAGUCCACUUGGGCACCAACUCCCUUUACUAGUGGUGUGGGGGCCCGAGGCAGGGACAUGGGGAUUCCUCAGUGGCUGGUGCUAGUGUUGUUGGGGUGCGUGGGGGUCACAAUGAAGUCAGACCGCGCUGGGGACCCCGCAGGGUCCCAGGUCCCUUUGCCCUGGUCUGAAGGACCCAAGGGGUCCUGGAGUGGCAAAAUAGCGGCCGUGGUGGAACACAACAACAACAAGACCGUGCCCAUUGAACUCUUAAACAACAACAACAACCAGACUGUUUCUAGAAGGAUGUUAAUGAACAAUACAACUAUGACCAACAAGCCUAUGAGCCAUAAACGCUCAGCCCGCAAGAAGAACCAAAGUAAUUUAUCUAGCAGACUCACGAACAACAACAAGCAGGUCGACACGCACAGGCUCGGGAGGACAGCCAUGGGCAGUGACAAAAAAAGAAGAGCCAGGAACAACGGCACAACCAGCGCAACACGCACCACGACUACACACAGCCAAGGGCCACCUGGCACCCAUAACCAGAACUCUAAAACAACCACCACCACCAACCACAACUCUAAAACACCCACAACUACCACCACCAGCCACAACUUUAAAACACCCACAACUACCACCACCACCAACCACAACUAUAAAAGACCCAGCACCACCAACCACAACUCUAAAACACCCACAACUACCACUACCAACCACAACUCUAAAAGACCCACCAAACACAACUCUAAAACCCCCACCACUACCAACCACAACACUAAAACCCCCACCACCACCAAGCCUAAAACACCUACGACUACCAACCACAACUCUAACCCACCCCCCACCACCUCCCACAACUCUAAAACACCCACAACCACCACCAACAGCCACAACUCUAAAACACCCACAACCACCACCAACAGCCACAACUCUAAAACACCCACAACCACCACCAACAGACACAACUCUAAAAUCCCCACCACCGCCAACCACAACUCAAAAACACCCACAACCACCACCAACCACAAUUCUAAAACACCCACAACCACCACCAACCACAACUCUAAAACACCCACAACCACCACCAACCACAACUCUAAAACACCCACAACCACCACCAACAGCCACAACUCUAAAACACCCACCACUACAACAGUCAAGCACAAGGCACGCAUAAACAAACCAGCUGCAAACCCCAACAAGAAACACACAACUACCACACGCAGCAACAAUAAAACUCGCAUUAGCCACAACAACAACAAACAAAGCACCACUCAAACAACCAUUAAUAAUGGCCGAACCACCACCAACAACCACAAAAACGCCACCACCAACACUCACAUUAAAACUACUACCACUGCUAGUCACAACCACCACGACCACCGCCAUAACCACCACCACAGCACGGACAGCGUCAUAACUGGACCGAACCAUCACUUGAAUGGGUCUCAAUGCAACAGGACCAGAUCAGCACCAUCAUGCGCCUCAUCAUCAGUCGCAGCGGCAUCAUCACUAGAACCAUCAGCAGAGCCGUGGAGAGGCGGGGGUGGGGGGCUCCAGGAGCGACGGGGGGCCCAGGACGAAAGGGCCGUGACCGCAAUGACCCCCCUAAGCCAGAAUGGCCGCCGGCGAGAGAGAACCCUCCAUCCAGCCACGCUACUCGCGAGCUGCCCCGAAUUGUGCAACACGGCGCGCUGCCCCCUGCUGCCCCCCUCGGGCUGCCCCCAGGGGGAGGUGUGGGACCCGUGUGGCUGCUGCCAUCAGUGCGGCCUCCCCGAGGGGACCCUGUGCCUCCCAGCGGCCUGGGAUCCCUGCGGAAGGGGACUCGUGUGCAGGGCCGGCUCGUCGCGGCGUGUUGGGCGUAGCGCUGGUGGUGGGGGUGCACGGCCCCCCCGAGCGUGGUGCGUGUGUGCGGCGGCCCCCCACUCAGCAGUGUGUGGCAGCGACGGCGUGACGUACCGCAGCGAGUGCGCGCUCUUCGCGGCGCGCUCGCACAGCACCCACCAGGGACUCCCUUCCAUCAUUGCGCUCCAGCGGGGAGCCUGCGACCCAGACCCCGGUGGUGCCGGGGCCCAACCACAGCGUGAGAGCCGGCGGGCGCGCUACAACUUCAUCGCGGACGUGGUGCAGCGCGCCGCGCCCGCCGUGGUGCACAUCGAGAUCUUCAAGAGCCCGUCCACGUAUGCGCGCGCGGCCCCCGUGUCGAGCGGCUCGGGGUUCCUUGUCUCGGACGAGGGGCUCAUCGUCACCAACGCGCACGUGGUGGGGGGCGGGGGUGCCACGCGCGUCGUCAUGGUGACGCUGCGUGGGGGCCGCUCGUACGAGGCCGAGGUCACGGACGUGGACACCAAGGUGGACAUCGCGACGAUCCGCAUCCACCCGCAGCAACCGCUGGCCGUCCUGCAGCUGGGCCGCUCGAGUGAGCUGCGGCCUGGCGAGUUUGUGGUAGCCAUCGGCAGCCCCUUCGCUCUGCAGAACACCGUGACCACCGGGAUUGUGAGCACUGCGCAGCGUGGGGGCCGCGAGCUGGGCCUGCAGGACUCCGACCUCGACUACAUCCAGACCGACGCCAUCAUCAAUUACGGUAAUUCUGGAGGGCCGCUCGUCAACCUGGAUGGCGAGGUGAUUGGCAUCAAUGCGCUCAAGGUGGCUGCUGGGAUCUCGUUUGCGAUCCCCUCUGACCGCAUUCGCCUCUUCCUCUCCGAGUCGCACCACCGGCAGACCAGAGAGAAGAACGAGAUGAAGCGACGAUACAUCGGCAUCAGCAUGCUGACGCUCACCACGAGUUUGAUUAAGGAGCUCCGGCUCCGGUUCCGGGAUUUCCCGGAUGUCUCCGGCGGAAUCUACGUGCACGAGGUCAUCCCGGGCUCACCCGCUGCCAGCGCUGGGGUGAGAAACGGCGACGUGGUGGUGGCUGUGAAUGGCCGAGUGGCCACGCGCACCACGUCACUGCAGGAGGCGGUGCAGAGGGAGGAGAAGCUGCUUCUCCUCAUACGGCGCGGCCAGGAGGAGUUGCUCCUCACAGUCACGCCCGACAUCGUCACGUAGAGCUCACCCUCACACCCCACCCUCACCUCCACUCACCCCCACACCCUCACGCCCAACAUCGUCACGCCUGGCUCUUCCUCAUCAUCACCCCCCAUCGUCACACAGAGCUCUUUCUCAUCCUCACCCCCCAUCGUCACGUAGAGCUCCUCGCCCUCACGCCCAACAUUGUCACGCAGAGCUCCUCCUCACCCCCCACAUCGUCACACAGAGCUCCUCCUCACCCCCACAUCGUCACACAGAGCUCUUUCUCAUCCUCACCCCCCAUCGUCACGUAGAGCUCCUCGCCCUCACGCCCAACAUUGUCACGCAGAGCUCCUCCUCACCCCCCACAUCGUCACACAGAGCUCCUCCUCACCCCCACAUCGUCACACAGAGCUCCUCCUCACCCCCACAUCGUCACACAGAGCUCCUCCUCACCCCCCACAUCGUCACACAGAGCUCCUCCUCACCCCCCACAUCGUCACACAG